AUGGCUACCAUUGUCAAGACCCUACUCAAGAGUGCCAUGCCAAAGGACAAGGCCAACAAGAAGAAAGACAAAGACAAAGGAGGCAAGAUGCAAGCGCGCAGUGCACAUUUUGGCCUCGGACCCUCACUACCACCCAAGCCGCUCGGAGGUGACCUCCCGCGCGCGCCCACCUGGAUCGACAAUGCGCCUCCUGCCCGAGACAAGGUCGGACCAUGGAUCCAGGCGCACGCAGUGUACACUGUUGACUCUCACCUGCGAUACGAAUAUCCCGAGGCCCCGCCCGCGAUCCCGUCCCGCACAAACUCCCCUGCGGUCACGGUACUCCCACAAGAGUCCAUUUCCGUUAUCGGUGUGGGCCGCGGCGUUCCUCGAGGUCACCAGUCUAUGCAGAGCUUCUCGGCCUUACAGGAGCCGACGAGGAAACCACCACUCGCGCGCCCAUUGAGCGAGACCAUGAGCAGAGGUGCCCCUGUUUACCAGGCAGUCACCAACUCGCCUACGAUGUUUGCGAACCCCAGGCCUCUCGCCACUCCCAGGGUUUUCUCGCGCUCUGCUGAUCCGGAGGCCACGCCCAAGCCCCACCUGCACCAGCCCAAACCGGAACACCCAUUCAACUACGCCAAGGCCCAAGAGACGCACGACCGCGAGCUCAGGCAUAUGGCUAAGCUUGCAGACGCCGAAGCGGAACAACGACGUGUCGACAUCAUAGCCGCGAAAGAGGCUGCGCAGGACGCUGCGGAACUUGCCAGGCUCGCACACCAACAGCAGUCCGAGGAGAUUGCAUACCGCGACCUCCAGAGGAUGUUUGGAGCGGAGGACACUGCGGCGCGUCGUGAGAUCGACCAAGCGUUUGCUACGCAGAACGAGAAGACGCAGGCCGAGAUAGACGAAGUUCGCGAGCGCCAGGACGCAUACGAUGCCGCCUUUGCUCGUCUGCACGCACCGCUCACAGCCGGCAACCGUCAGGACAAGCACGACCUAAAAUGGGAACACGUGUUCAGCGCCGCCGACAUGCGUCCGCGCGAAGCACGGGACACGUUUAGCACAGAGUCCUUCGGGCACAUGAACCACGCCGACGGAAAGCCCAUUCCCGCGCCACUCAUACCAGUUCUCCCAUCGCUCAAGCCGGCAACUGUGAUAAAUGAGACCAAGGUCGUCAAGAGAAGCUCCAAGCCCAAGCGCAAGGAGAAGCAUUGCCAUACUCACACACACACACCUGCCGAACUCCUCCAGACCAUGGAGCUCACGCGCAACCUCACGCUCGUCAAGACGAUAAACGCGAACGGUCAUGAGGAGUCAGACUCUGAGACCGACGCCGUGUCACAGAUAACGAGGCUCACAAACAUUGCCAAGCUCGUCGACGACAGCACAUUUCACGACGACACGCUGUGCCAGCUACUCGAUGCAGCGCGGCUCAACUUGAUCGGCGACCAGGCCAAGAAGGCGCUCAUGCACGCGGCCCGCACACGAGUUGACGAGCUAAGCCGACAACUCCUCGAGGGGAGCCGCAAUAACAACACCCCACCACUUGUGAUCCGCAAGAAGCAGAGGCACAAGACCUGCCAGCCCACUCCUGGAAUCCCAGAUGUGCUCGCUCCAGCGGUACCCAUGACACCUGCCGCUAGGGCAGUCCCUCUGCCAGAGCCGGUCACACCAGCACCACUUCCCGCACUCCCUCUGUCCGCGCAGCUGGCAGCCAACGCAACGCCGAGCCCGAGCAAAAACGAGGAAGCCAUCACGGAGCUUCUCGGCCGUAUGACAACGCUCAUGGAGGCAUUCCAGUCACAGAAGAACAACCGUGACGUCGACAUGUCAAGAGGCCCAGGUCCUUUCACAGCCAACGGCACCGGCUCAUUCCCACCUCCCCAAGUGUUCCCUCUACAGUCUGUGCCCCUCGUGACACCAGACAUGCUCCCUCACGGCACCUUCCCGUUCCGAUCGCCCGACUACCAGCCACCGCCAGAGUGCUAUCCAAAGUUCCAAGAGCAACCUUGCCCAGAGUCGACAUCUCGGGAGAUCUCGACGUCCGGAGAGGUAGGGCCAAAUGGUUAUAUACCAACGGGCGGACUCGCGGACGAGUACAUGAUGGGAGGAGGGUCAUUCACUUCGAGUCCCAAAGCUACAGGCAGUGACCCGACGCAGGUCCCAUUAGCACAAGCUCCAACCGAGGUGUCGCGGUCUGGGAAAAAGUCGGAGAAACCGCAGGUGUCAAAGUCUGAGAAGUCACAAGUGUCGAAAGCGCCGACUGAGGCCUCAAGGGCCACUUCGAAAAGGUCCAAAGCCGCUACCCAGGUUUCGAAGCCUGCGACCUCGAAGGCACCAACAAACGUGUCCAAGGCUCCGACCCGCGUGUCUCGAGCACCAUCUCAGUCUGUCUCGCAGGUGGCGUCGUCGGUUCGGACUCCCACAGGACCGAUCAUCAACAUCUUCUCACCCACUACGGUUAAUGGCGACCCCACUCAGUCGCGCGCCAUGUCCAACGUCCCACCCACACCCACAAAGGAGCAGCCAGCCCCGUCCUCACGAGGGACGUCGGUUCAAAGUCAGGCGGCGCCUGAACCCCCGCGUUCUCCGCGGUCUCACACGCCGGGUCAGGUUGUGGUCUUGGAGCGUGACCUGCCUCCACUGCCAGAAAGCGUGACGUCGUAUUUCACCCGCUCCACUGCUAAACGCACCUCCGCGAACCCACAGACCACGAUAUCCGGAUCAAGGGUGGGGUCGCGCGUGGUGUCAGGUGUAAGCAACGUAACCACUGGGACAGACUACGACAGCGCUGGGCGUACCGCCAUCGUCACUCGCAUCGUGGUUCGCGAUGGCCUCUCCCCAGCGCUAGAUGAGGUGCGGCCAUGGGAUAUCGUCGUGGGGCGCCUCCACGCCAUGGCGGCUGUGUGGCAGGAGGACAGCUUUGUGCGCGCCAUGAGCAGCAUCAGCCUCAAGCGCGAGCUCGACAUUGUCCCCCUCACGAUCUAUACCAUGAACAUAUACAAGUCAUACCUCCGUAACCGCCUGACGGCACUCAAGCCGCUGCCAUUCGACAAACUACUCGUCUCUCCUGUCCACGCCGAGACGAUCAACAGUUUCAUCUUCGCCAAGAAGUACAACGAGGCGGCGGCGAUCUUGGUCAACCUCUGGGCACCGCUUAGCAAGGAACCACCACGCGUCAUCAUCACCAUGACCAAGCAUGGGUACCAGGAGGGCUGGCUUGCUCACCGUUGGGACCUCGCGACAGGCCACCUUACAUCACACCACUGCAUACACAUCGAGUCCCAAAUCGACCCAUACGACAAGCGACCCUUCAACUGGUGGCACGCGAUCCGCGCCGCGUUCCCCCAGCGUGGCAUCCUCGAACCCCGACACCUACUUGAACGCAAUGUCCGGCACGUGUACACUGCCAGUCCGAGCGACAACUCGUUGCGUGCAGCGCUUGUCACUCGCAACCUCCUGAAUGGGAACAAGGGUGACGUCGACCACGGCCUGGGUAACCUCCGUGACACAGUGUGGCGGAUGACACAACAGUUACUCAAGAAAAAGCAGGCCGGCGAGCUCCUCACCGGGCUCGACGAGGCGUAA